AUGCUCCGUGCUCUCAAGUCGCCGUCCGCCAAUACGAUUUCUCCCCAACCCGUUUGUUUCUUGCACUUGCAGGUGGUCAUUGAGAACCCUUUGGAACUGUACCGGGUAGAAGUGGAGAUCUUGGACGUGAAUGAUAACGCUCCCAGUUUCCCGUGGAGCGAGUUUAAUCUGGAGAUCACAGAGUCUGCUGCGCUGGGCUCCCGGUUCCCCCUGGAGAGCGCGCAGGAUCUGGAUGUGGGCUCGAACUCUCUCCGUUCGUACUUACUGAGCGCCAAUCAACACUUCGUGCUGGACAUUCAGACACGUAACGACGGCAGCAAGUUUGCAGAACUCGUUCUGCAGUCGCCGUUGGACCGAGAGCAGCAGAAGACGCACGAGAUGGUGCUCACGGCCGUGGACGGUGGCUCCCCGUUGCGCUCGGGCACGGCACAGAUCACGGUGACUGUGCUGGACGCGAAUGACAACGUGCCGGUGUUCGACCGCUCCGUAUACCGGGUCAGCUUGGUGGAGAACGCGCCUAGAGGCACGCUCGUGCUCAAACUAAACGUCACGGACCUGGAUGAAGGCGCAAACAGCGAGAUCACCUAUUCGUUCAGCGGGCAUGCGCCUCUGAAGGUGCGCGAGCUGUUCAGCGUGGAUUCUCACUCGGGUGAGAUCCGGGUGAAGGGAGUCGUGGACUACGAGAAGGCCAGCGUGUACGAGCUCUACGUGCAGGCGAAAGACAAGGGUCCCUCAGCCGUGGCCGUGCAUUGUAAAGUGCUGGUCGAUAUUCUGGACGUGAACGACAAUGCGCCCGAGGUCAUAUUAACCUCUGUGUCAACACCUGUUCAGGAGGACGCGCCUCCGGGCACGGUGAUAGCCGUGAUCAGUGUAAUGGACCGCGACUCCGGAGAGAACGGAGCUGUGGCUUGCCAGAUCCCCGGAAAUGUGCCGUUCCAUCUGGAGAUCACAGAGUCUGCUGCGCUGGGCUCCCGGUUCCCCCUGGAGAGCGCGCAGGAUCUGGAUGUGGGCUCGAACUCUCUCCGUUCGUACUUACUGAGCGCCAAUCAACACUUCGUGCUGGACAUUCAGACACGUAACGACGGCAGCAAGUUUGCAGAACUCGUUCUGCAGUCGCCGUUGGACCGAGAGCAGCAGAAGACGCACGAGAUGGUGCUCACGGCCGUGGACGGUGGCUCCCCGUUGCGCUCGGGCACGGCACAGAUCACGGUAACUGUGCUGGACGCGAAUGACAACGUACCGGUGUUCGACCGCUCCGUAUACCGGGUCAGCUUGGUGGAGAACGCGCCUAGAGGCACGCUCGUGCUCAAACUGAACGCCACGGACCUGGAUGAAGGCGCAAACGGCGAGAUCACCUAUUCGUUCAGCGGGCAUGCGCCUCUGAAGGUGCGCGAGCUGUUCAGCGUGGAUUCUCACUCGGGUGAGAUCCGGGUGAAGGGAGUCGUGGACUACGAGAAGGCCAGCGUGUACGAGCUCUACGUGCAGGCGAAAGACAAGGGUCCCUCAGCCGUGGCCGUGCAUUGUAAAGUGCUGGUCGAUAUUCUGGACGUGAACGACAAUGCGCCCGAGGUCAUAUUAACCUCUGUGUCAACACCUGUUCAGGAGGACGCGCCUCCGGGCACGGUGAUAGCCGUGAUCAGUGUAAUGGACCGCGACUCCGGAGAGAACGGAGCCGUGGAUUGCCAGAUCCCCGGAAAUGUGCCGUUCCAGCUGCACUCCUCUUUUAAAAACUAUUACACACUCGUGACCAGCGAGUUUCUCGACAGAGAGUCUGUCUCGGAGUAUAACAUCACCCUCACGGCGCGAGAUCUUGGCUCGCCUCCGCUGUCCACCAGGAAAACGAUUCUGGUUCAAGUGUCUGACAUUAACGACAACCCGCCGCGGUUCAUUCAGCCCUCGUACACUGUAUAUGUGACCGAGAAUAACGCCCCGGGGGCUUCCAUUUGCUCGCUGACCGCAUUCGAUCCGGACUCUAAUCAGAACGCGUAUUUGUCCUACUCCAUCCUGGAGGGUCAGAUCCAGGGCAUGCCGGUGUCCACUUAUGUCUCAAUCAAUUCUGAUAACGGCAACAUCUACGCGCUGCGCUCUUUCGAUUACGAGCAGCUCCGGAACUUUCAGAUCCGUGUCCAGGCGCAGGACGCAGGUUUCCCGCCGCUCAGCAGCAACGUGACCGUCAAUGUGUUCGUUUUGGAUCAGAAUGACAACGCGCCGGUCAUCCUGUCCCCACUGCCCAGAAACGGCACUGUUGCUACUGAAAUGGUGCCCAGGUCGGUUGACGCUGGGUACCUUGUGGCUAAAAUCACGGCGCUUGACGCGGACGCGGGGCAAAACUCUCGCCUGUCAUAUCAGAUGCUGCAGGCGACGGAUCCCGGGCUGUUCAGCGUGGCUUUAUACACCGGGGAGAUCAGGACGAUCCGCCGCUUUUUCGACAAAGAUGCCAUCAGGCAAAGACUCGUCAUACUUGUCAAGGACAACGGGCAGCCGCCGCUCUCGGCCACCGUGUCCAUCAUUAUGUCAGUGGUGGACAGCGUGCCGGAGUCGCUGUCCGACUUCGGUGACCUCUCGCUCAGCCCCCAGCCCCCGUCUAACCUCGCGCUCUAUUUAAUCGUGUCACUGAGCACCAUCUCGCUCAUCUUCCUCGUGGCCAUCAUCGUCCUGGCGGCCGUGAAGUGUUACAAAGACCGUGACUCCCUCGGCGGUUACGCGCUCUCCUCGCUCGGUACCGCUUGCUGCAGCUUUGAACCGGAGCCGCCCGCCGAGGUAUUCAAAAAGUCUAAUCUCAACCUGCAGAUCGCCACCGGCGCCAAAGUGCCCACGAACUGCGUGGAGGUAAACAGCAAUCCUGGAAAUCUCUCUCAAGCUUACUGCUACAAAGUGUGUUUGACGCCCGAAUCUGCAAAGAGAGACUUUAUGUUUCUCAAGCCUUGCAGUCCCGGCACACCGAGAAAUAACGCGGCGAGAGGAGCGGAUAACCUGGCGCUGAGCUCACAGAGCCGCUGCUCGUCCGUGAACAACGGAGCGACUACACCGAACGAGUUGAAACAAGCAAACACUGACUGGGCCCUCACCAAAAAUCAAACCCCCUCUCUAAAAAGUUGUAACUCUAUAAACAUGGAUGGCACUCUGAUGCGUAAGGCCAUGCAGGCAGAACCAGAGAAUUAUAUGGGUCAAAUGGCUACCGGACAGUACUGGACCUGGGGGACCCGCUCAAGAGAGUACCGGAUGCAUUCUCCAGCAGGUAGUGUUUCUCAGAGGGCCUGGACUCCUCACUACACACCCCAACACAACCCCACACACCACCUGCAGCAGCAGCAGCCCACGGCACAGGUCCGCCCGCACCCUCCGCCGGACUACCAGCACAACGUCUACAUCCCCGGCACACCGUCCGGCUUCUGCACCCUGCGGCCCAGCUACCGCAGUGAGCUCGACGUUCACAACUCAUUCUCCACCUUCGGCAAGAAACAUAGGUUCAUCUCUCCCAGCAGCUACGACCCGCAUGACGACACGGGGGCAGAGGUCAUCAACAAUGACUUAUAUAAUGAAUAAAAUAAGACAAAAGGACCUAUGUUGUGAUGAUGAACGAAAAGAGUGACUUAUUACCAAAGCAUAGCACUCAUUAUGUAGUCUCAGCCUCAGAUGGACAGACACAGUCCAUUCUUUGACCAUUUGAUGCAUAUUGCACAUGCAAUGCAACUUCCGUUGAUUUGGGGAAGAAAAUUGUUUUAAAAUAAUACAAGGUUGAUAUUGUUUUUAAUGGUUUUGCCAUAGUUUGCCUGGAUCGUGCUUGAAAUCUUUGAAAGUUAUUCAGGAGCGGAACUGUUUAUCCCACUUUGUUUUCUGUCUGUGAACUUGUUUAGCAGGACAGAAACUCUUAUCACAAAAUCUAAAAAUAAACCUCCCCCGUUUUGCAGAGAUUUUUAGAGUGCAACAGUGCCUAAACAUUUUCUCAGUGGACUUGAUUCCAGAAGUGUUUUUCCCAUUCACUUUUUUCCCAUAAGGAUUUAAAAAAAGAGUCUUCAUUAAAAAGUUUUAAGCCAUAAAC